AUGAUCUCACUACAAGCUAGGAAUAGCGCAAGUGGGCAUUGGCUUUCUGGUCAUGGGGCUUACUCGGAAUUAACUAAGAGCCAAUGUAGCUCGGAUCCCCGGUUGAGAAUACCGGACCCGAUAUGCGUGGAGCGAAAGACGAUGUGGCCGGAUAUGCCCAUGCGGGUUAGACUUCUAGGUCAUUGCGAAAGUCAGAACUUCGUUGUCAAGGGAGAAUUAACUAACCCUGAUGCCUUACAAAGGUUCCUGGAUAGUCAAACUAGAGUAUCGGGCCAGAAAAUGGUGUAUCUUGUCGAAUCAUUCGAUCCUCGAAUAGUGGAAGUAUUGGGCAACCACUUCCAACUACACCCAUCCCUUUUCGUGGAACAUGCAAAGGUAAAGGCGGAUAUCGUCCUACUCCCAAGCUCGCUAUCAACACGAGAUCACAUUACUUUGAGAUAUUUUGAACCCGUUGAGAUAUACCAAGGUGUUCCAGGAUUUCACCAACACUGCCACACCACUGGACGUCAUAUCAAGGGAACUAGGUCUGGAGAUAAGAUCCUGCCUGUCGGCAUUCUUCGACGAAAAUGUUCAGUUUGGAACCGAAAUAUCAACGGCAUUUCAGAUACUAUUGUUCUGUGCGAUCCUAAAGUUACGCAUCUUGGGACGUUUGGUGACCAAGAGCCAAUCCCAAUCAAUACAUGUCCAUUCCAAGGUGGAUAUGUGAACUUCAUACCCGAAAAAGAUCAGCUGAAGACUUCGAUAGGUCCACCUAGGACUUCGAUGCUUGAGGAUCUGACUUUCUAUCUGACAAAUCACUUCCAUCUCAUAGCUGAUGAUUCCUGCUCGGAUGGUAUUCAGAUAUUUAUCAACAAGAUCAUAACAGGACAUUACUGGGAAUUGGCCAAUUUCGCAAACAUGAACCUGUCACGAGCUCAAGGAAGACUUUCCAAGCAGUCGGACCUGACUGGCUUCUCCGUGGAAAGGGUCGAAAGAGACUGGAGCGACGCCCAGUCUAGUGAAAAACGUUCGGCGCAAUAUUGUAGGGAUAUUGAAAAUGUGAUGUUGCAACUGAACAUUGAGCCUCACACUCCAACAUAUGCUCGUAUCACAGAUUGGGCAGACUGUGAAAAAGACUUUCAAUUCUUGCUCGCCGAAUUUAGAAACUUGCGUCAAAUGACGGUAUCAUUUAAUGCUUCCAUGACAACGCUCGCUGGUAUUGUAGGAAAUCACCAGGCCAUGACUCAACAGAAACAAUCGCUUCUUGAGGCUAAGCGCAUGAAGGUCCUCACUUUUCUUGGACUGGUUUUCAUCCCCAUGACAUAUGUGUGUUCAUUGUUCAGCAUGGAAGGCCCCUUUGCCCCGGGUGACAGGCUCUUCUGGGUUUAUUUCUUAGUUGCAAUACCCCUCGUUGUCUUGGUUUCGCUUGGUCACUGGAUAUUAGACAGGGGUUAUAAGUUCUGA